CCGUGAGUCCCCGACACGCGACGGGCUCUCAACCUGGCACGCCGAAUCCUCAGGACAGCCCCGCUAUCACGCAACUACUCGGGUGUCCCAAGAGUCGCCAGGGCCGGAGCCGCGCGCGGCGCCGGGGACCCGCGUGAAACCGCCUGUGGGAAGCGGGCGGGUGGCGCGCGGUCCGGGGACAGUGAGAGGCGGCGGACGGCGCGGGGACGUCCCGAAAAAGGCGCAGCCAGGAAGACGCAACUCCUGACGCGGUCUCGGGCUAUGCGGAGGCGGCUAGUGGGAAAGGGGGACUCUGGGAGACAGUGCCUAACAGGGCCAGGCCCCCGACGGCUUCCUCAGGAGGACUCCGGGGGAUUCCGGAACCGCUGCCCCGUCGCGAGAAAGGAGGUUUACUUACGCGCGCAAUCUCGAGCGAGCGGCCUUUUCCACCCCCGCGGUCUCUUGCGCCCUCUGGUGGCCUCUCGCGAGAACGACGCUGAACUUGUUCAGGUGGGACGCCAAUAAAGAUUUCUUAUUCAAAAAACAGGAAGUGCCUACGGAGGCCGGGUCGGCAGCGGCGGCCGGGCAUGAAGCCGGGCGGCUACGGGAUCGCGGGCGGCGGCGGCAUCGCGGGCGGCGGCGGCGAUGAGCGACAUAGUGGAGAAGACGCUGACGGCGCUGCCGGGACUCUUUCUGCAGAACCAGCCCGGUGGUGGGCCCGCGGCCGCCAAGGCGUCCUUCUCCUCGAGGCUGGGCAGCCUUGUCCGCGGCAUCACAGCCCUCACCUCCAAGCACGAAGAAGAAAAAUUAAUCCAGCAGGAACUGAGUAGUCUGAAAGCGACUGUUUCUGCUCCUACUACAACACUGAAAAUGAUGAAGGAAUGUAUGGUGAGACUUAUAUAUUGUGAAAUGCUUGGAUAUGAUGCUUCCUUUGGCUAUAUUCAUGCAAUCAAGUUAGCCCAACAAGGAAACCUCUUAGAAAAAAGAGUAGGUUAUUUGGCUGUUUCCUUAUUUCUACAUGAAAGUCAUGAAUUAUUGCUUCUCCUUGUGAAUACAGUUGUAAAGGAUCUGCAGAGCACUAACCUAGUAGAAGUGUGUAUGGCACUGACUGUUGUUAGCCAGAUUUUCCCCCGCGAAAUGAUUCCAGCUGUUCUUCCAUUAAUAGAAGAUAAACUUCAACAUUCUAAGGAGAUUGUACGAAGAAAAGCUGUUCUGGCAUUAUACAAAUUCCAUCUCAUUGCUCCUAAUCAAGUACAACAUAUUCAUAUUAAGUUUCGGAAAGCACUUUGUGACAGAGAUGUUGGGGUCAUGGCUGCCUCCUUGCAUAUAUAUCUUAGAAUGAUUAAGGAGAAUUCAUCUGGAUAUAAAGACUUGACUGGGAGUUUUGUAACCAUUUUGAAGCAAGUAGUUGGAGGAAAGCUCCCAGUAGAAUUCAAUUACCACAGUGUGCCAGCACCAUGGUUACAAAUUCAGCUCUUGAGAAUACUGGGACUUCUAGGAAAAGAUGAUCAAAGGACAAGUGAAUUAAUGUAUGAUGUUCUUGAUGAAUCCUUACGAAGAGCUGAGUUAAAUCACAAUGUCACAUAUGCUAUUUUGUUUGAAUGUGUGCAUACAGUCUAUUCUAUUUAUCCUAAAUCGGAAUUACUUGAGAAGGCUGCCAAGUGCAUUGGAAAAUUUGUUCUGUCACCUAAAAUAAAUCUAAAAUAUUUAGGACUGAAGGCUCUUACCUAUGUUAUCCAACAGGAUCCUACUCUGGCUCUUCAACACCAGAUGACAAUAAUUGAAUGUUUAGAUCAUCCUGAUCCCAUUAUUAAAAGAGAGACUCUGGAACUUCUUUACAGAAUUACUAAUGCACAGAAUAUAACAGUUAUUGUCCAGAAAAUGCUUGAAUAUUUACAUCAGAGCAAAGAAGAGUAUGUCAUCGUCAAUUUGGUCGGCAAAAUAGCAGAGCUGGCUGAGAAAUAUGCUCCUGAUAAUGCAUGGUUUAUUCAGACAAUGAAUGCUGUGUUUUCAGUAGGAGGAGAUGUAAUGCAUCCUGAUAUUCCCAAUAACUUUCUGAGACUACUAGCGGAAGGUUUUGAUGAUGAAACAGAAGAUCAGCAAUUAAGACUCUAUGCAGUUCAGUCUUAUCUCACUUUACUGGAUAUGGAAAAUGUGUUCUAUCCACAGAGAUUUCUUCAAGUUAUGAGUUGGGUAUUAGGGGAAUAUUCUUACCUCUUAGAUAAGGAAACGCCAGAGGAAGUUAUAGCUAAGCUCUACAAGUUACUUAUGAAUGACUCUGUGUCUUCAGAAACAAAAGCCUGGUUAAUUGCUGCUGUGACCAAACUGACAUCUCAGGCGCACUCUUCUAAUACAGUUGAGAGAUUAAUCCAUGAAUUUACCAUAUCUUUGGAUACUUGUAUGAGACAACAUGCAUUUGAAUUAAAACAUUUGCAUGAGAAUGUGGAACUUAUGAAGAGCUUGCUUCCAGUUGACAGGAGUUGUGAAGACUUGGUGGUAGAUGCUUCUUUAUCUUUUCUGGAUGGUUUUGUGGCUGAAGGACUCAGUCAGGGUGCAGCGCCUUACAAACCUCACCAUCAACGCCAGGAGGAAAAGCUUUCUCAGGAAAAAGUUCUCAAUUUUGAACCAUAUGGACUCUCCUUUUCUUCAUCUGGCUUCACUGGACGACAGUCUCCUGCUGGCAUUUCUCUUGGUUCAGAUGUAUCUGGGAAUAGUGCUGAGACAGGACUGAAAGAGACAAAUAGCUUGAAGCUGGAAGGUAUAAAGAAAUUGUGGGGGAAAGAAGGCUAUCUUCCCAAGAAGGAAAGCAAAACUGGUGAUGAAAUUGGAGCUCUGCCUGUUCCUCAGGAGAGUAUAAUGGAGAAUGUAGAUCAAGCUAUAACUAAAAAGGAUCAAUCUCAAGUUCUUACCCAAUCUAAAGAGGAGAAAGAAAAGCAGCUGCUGGCAUCAUCAUUAUUUGUUGGUCUAGGAUCAGAAAGUACAAUCAACCUGCUGGGAAAAGCAGAUACUGUCUCUCACAAGUUCAGAAGAAAAUCAAAAGUCAAAGAAGCUAAAAGUGGCGAAACAACCAGUACUCAUAAUAUGACCUGUUCUUCCUUUAGUUCUUUGUCAAAUGUGGCAUAUGAAGAUGAUUAUUAUUCGAAUACUUUGCAUGAUACAGGAGACAAGGAAUUAAAGAAAUUUUCUCUCAAUUCGGAACUUUUGGAUUCUGAGUCACUCACAGAACUGCCCUUGGUUGAGAAAUUCUCAUAUUGUAGUCUGUCUACACCUUCAUUGUUUGCUAAUAACAACAUGGAAAUUUUUCACCCUCCUCAAUCUACUGCAGCCUCAGUUGCCAAGGAAAGCUCUUUAGCUUCAUCUUUUUUGGAAGAAACUACUGAAUAUAUACACUCAAAUGCUAUGGAAGUCUGUAAUAAUGAAACUAUAUCAGUGUCUUCUUAUAAAAUUUGGAAAGAUGAUUGUUUAUUGAUGGUCUGGUCAGUCACUAAUAAGAGUGGUUUGGAAUUGAAAAGUGCUGACUUAGAAAUUUUUCCUGCAGAAAAUUUCAAGGUGACUGAGCAACCUGGAUGCUGUUUGCCUGUAAUGGAAGCAGAAAGCACCAAAAGCUUUCAAUAUAGUGUGCAGAUAGAAAAACCUUUUACAGAAGGAAAUCUUACUGGUUUUAUUAGUUAUCAUAUGAUGGAUACUCAUUCUGCUCAGCUGGAAUUUUCUGUAAACUUAUCACUAUUAGAUUUCAUUAGACCAUUAAAAAUCUCAAGUGACGACUUUGGGAAACUCUGGUUAUCCUUCGCAAAUGAUGUGAAACAAAAUGUAAAAAUGUCAGAAUCUCAAGCUGCACUUCCUUCUGCACUAAAGACUCUGCAACAGAAACUAAGACUCCAUAUUAUUGAGAUUAUAGGCAAUGAAGGGCUAUUGGCCUGUCAGCUGCUCCCAUCCAUCCCCUGCUUACUGCAUUGCCGAGUUCAUGCAGAUGUAUUAGCCCUGUGGUUCAGAUCCUCCUGUUCUACUCUUCCUGACUAUUUACUGUAUCAGUGUCAAAAGGUGAUGGAGGGAUCCUAGCAGAAGCCCUGCUAAAUUUUACUCCAUCAAGAUCAAUGGUUUACAUAGAUAAACUUAUUUACCAAAGUAAAAAGAACUCAUGGUACUUCUAAUGAAAAUGGGGAUUAUUACAAGUGUGGUUUAUAUGUUUUCUUUAUGAUUCCUGGUCAAGAAAGAUCCCCAAAACUGUAUCCCUAACCUUUAACUCAGGAUUGUACAGUAUGUUUAGGUCCCUCAAAAAGUGACCUAAGCUAAUGUUAUAAACUGCUAAUGAUUUAUAUAUCACUUAGUGUGUAGAGGGACUGAAAAUAUUUAUUUUGUUAUAAAUAAUUUUAUAGCACGUUUACUCUAGUGCUAGCUAAUUUGUAAUAAAGCCAAGUCUCAGUUUUCUGCAUUAAAUGGAAGGGAGACAUGAAAUUGAUAAUCUCAAACUUAAUUCAUAUUUGGCUUUGGAAUGUAGUGUAUGGUUUUUGGUAGGGAAGUCAAUAUUUUCGAUUAUGUUUUGCUUAGAUCAGUGUUGAACUAAGUUGGCAUAGCACACACUAACAGUUGUAGGAGAUCCAUGAGCAUGCUGGAUAUUGAGGGGAUCCAAUCUGUGAUCUAUUUUUUAUUAUAGAUAACUGUUACACAUAAUUUCAGAUCGUUUGGCUAUAAAAUUUGUCUGUUUUCCACUUGGAGUUAUUUUAAAAUUCAAAGUAAAUCACUCUAUUCUUAUUUUGAAAACUCAGAGCCAUUUUCAAAAUAUCAUAUAGAAACAAAACCCAUAAGAGCACACAGUAACAAAGCAAACAGAUACAAAAAUGACUUUUUAGUUACGACAAAUAUUUUAGUUGGUUACUACUUAGGUCCUUUUGGCAAAUGAAAAUUUGUGAUUAGAGUAUAAAUGGCAAAACUAUCUUUUCCUGGCCUUUGAAUCCACUAGUACUUAAAGGAUAUAGCUGAAGCAGAGACUAAGUAUAACAUACAGGUUCUUCAGUAAAAUAUAUCAUUUUCAUGUUAUAGUUAUGCCUGUGUGGCCUCUGUCAGAACUAUUAUCAGUAGAAGAGGUUAAGCCUAUAUAUGAAUGAUGGACCAAAACCUUGAGGUUGUACAUUAACUGAAAUAGUAUUUUAUAAAAUCUUAUGGUGCUGUGGAAAAUAUUUAUUAUUUCACCUUUUCUGACACUUCACCAUGGAGACUAUUCAGGUAAUACAAUUUUAAGUCACUGCAGUUAAUACUCUGGUUAAUUGGUACUGUUAAUCACCCAGGUCAGGAAUUCUGAUUUUAGGUUAUCUCAUUAAUCAUGGCUGAUAAAGAAGCUAAGGGGAUUCUCCAGAUCUAAUAGAUUUCAUUAGUCAUUUGUGUCGAGUAUUCCUCCCUAAAAACAAAAGCAGUAUUUUCUUUCUCAAUUAAUUUUUAAGUUAUUCAUUAAAAAAUAUAUAACAUCUUAAUUUUAUUCUUUUAAAAACAUACAGUGAAGCCUUGCUACAAGAGUCAUAAGUGACUGGAAUUUCUUGCAUAAUAGGUUCCUCCUUUUGAAUAGAUUAGAUUCAUCCCCAGGCUCUCAGCAGUGUCAUGAAAUGAGUGUGCUGACUCCAGGGGUGCAGUGGACACUGGUAGCUAGCCUUAUCAGCUCCCUCCUUAUUCCUACCUCUGUCAGCAGCAUGCCUCGCCCCUUACCUAAUUCUGCUGUGACUCUGAUAGAGAGGAAGUGCCUUCUCACUUUGCAAAGGAAUGCAGCAUGUCACAAAGGAGGUGCUCCAAUUUUUUGUGUCCUUACUUCCCUAUGUUUGCCUAGUUACUGAGGCUAGGUCGAGUGUGAAGCGAUAGGUGUAAGAUGCUGAGAGCACAUGGACAGCUACCAGGGAGAUCUGUUGCUUGGUUACAGGGUGUAUUCAUGAGUGGUAGCUGCAGUUGUCGUGAGAGACAUGCUUGGCAUACAGAGCUGUCUAAUGGGUGGGAGACAUGUAAUGGUAGAUUUAGGGCUGGGAGCAUGAUUUUGGGUCUGCCCAAAGGAACAUGGUGUCACUUUUGUUCUUUCUGACCCACUAAAUAAAAAGUAGUGUAACAGGGUUUCACUGGAAUGUUUAUUAGAAUGUUUACAGUUUUUAUAUUUUUAUGAUUUUAAAAACAAACAAUAAUAGAAAAAUAGAUUUUAAGGAACUUCAGAGCAGUAUAUAUUCUGUCUAAACUCAUUGAAUAUUUUAAGUUGUAAAUCAGGUGUCCACCAACCUUUAUUUUUGCAUUGCAGGAGAUGUGACUGUAAAGUAGGGAGUUUUUUUUUUUGAGACAGAGUUUCACCCUUGUUGCCCAGGCUAGAGUGUAAUGGUGCAAUCUCAGCUCACUGCAACCUCUGCCUCCCAGGUUCAAGCGAUUCUCCUGCCUCAGCCUCCCUAGUAGCUGGGAUUACAGGCAUGCACCACCACACCCGGCUAAUUUUUUUGUAUUUUUAGUAGAGACAAGGUUUCUCCAUGUUGGUCAGGCUGGUCUUGAACUCCCGACCUCAGGUGAUCUGCCCGUCUCAGCCUCCCAAAGUGCUGGGAUUACAGGCGUGAGCCACUGCCCCCGGCCAAAUUAUUUUUGUGGGUAGAUUCAUUCUCUUUACCUAAUAGUCAUAAUUUAGUCAGUGAAGGGACAACAUCUGGGGUAAGAGCUAUGGAGGAGGUGCUCAGCUUUGUGAGUUUUGUGCCAGGCAUCUUUGCUGAAAAUGGAGAUGGCAGCAAGUGUGAAUCUGGGGAAAUAUAAGGGAAGACAGAAAAGCCUUAAGAGUAGACGGAGGAAGAAGGGUACCAGAAUAGUCCCUGUGGAGGCAGGCAGAUCAGAGCUCAGGGUUUGAAAGUGGGCCUGAGUAAGGGUCCUGCUAGAGAAACUGCAGAUGGAAGCUGAGCAGUUACCAACUGCUAAUGUGCCAAGUAUACCAAGCACAGCAUGUGUCCUGUAGAGGAGCAUUAUUUUAAACAAUAUUCUACUAUCAUCUACCAAAAUAAUUGUGGUAAAAGUGUAGUAUUUUAUUUUUUCCUUUUAUGUCAGCAAUAUUUUAAAAUAUUGAUCUGUUUAUCUUAUAUUUUUAUGGAUAAAUGUGGUAUUUGCCUCAUGAUUGUGAGCCACUGAGAGUGCACUGAACCUAUUCACACGUCUUUAAGAUGUUUUGCUGUGUUAAAAUUUUAGGAGAGAAAAAUACAAGUGAAUAAUUAUUUAAUAGGCAUUUAUUACUUUAUUUUGGAGUUGAAUUCUGUCAUUUGAAAAAGUUAAGUAAUGUAAUAAAUACAAAGUGAUCUGCA